AUGCUCUGGGCAGCCUUCACCUUAGCCUUUUUGGGUUUUUUACGUUCAAGCGAAUUUACCUGCAAUGACAAAGUCUUUUACCCAGAAACUCACCUUUGCCUUAGGGAUGUCACCUUUGUCCCUAACAUUGAAUCCCCCAAUUACAUGCUAGUCCUGAUUAAACGGUCCAAAACAGAUCCCUUCCGCAAUGGUUGUGCCCUAACCCUCGCAAGGUCCACUACCUCUAUCUGUGCUGUUAUGGCUAUGAAAGAUUAUGUGUUACAGUGCCAACCAUCAUCAACAGGCCCCCUGUUCACCUUUACUAGUGGCAAGUGGCUCACCCGAACUUCUCUUACUCAUAAACUCCGUGACGUCCUGCAGCAAUGCGGCAUACAACCUCAACACUAUUUCUCACAUAGCUUCCGUAUUGGCGCCGCGACUACUGUAGCUGCUACAGGGAUUCCUGCCUGGUUAAUCAAGGUAUUGGGUCGCUGGUCUUCUGACUGUUGUGAACGUUACAUAAGAACUCCUCAAGAAACACUGCUAGCUAUCCCUAAACAACUGUCAAUG